AAACCACAUUUAAUGUGUCCAUACAGAAUAGCUGACUUUUAACACGUGUAAAGAGGACAACCUGACCCUCUAUACAAACAUUGACAAUCGUGGGAUUUCCUACAGGAAAUCACCAUUCAUGCACUGACUCCAAGUACCACCUCUUUGUUUCAUAGCAACAAACAAUGAGAAAGAGCAGAUAGUUUGAAAUCUGUAAUGCACUAGUUUUGAGGAGAAUAUUCGGCUUUCUCUGCAGAAUAACUGAUGGUCAUUGUCCUUAUGAAGGUUGUAGUGGGAUGUGUCUUGGGUCAGUUCAGCAUCUACGUAAAAGCUCCCAGCCUUGGAAAAACAUCUUGUUCCAGGCCUGAAGAUAUUGAAACAUUAAUUAACAAUUGAUAGUAGUGCUUUCUUCUACAAUGUCUGAAGAAGUGACCUAUGCGACACUCACAUUUCAGGAUUCCUUGGGAGCAGGAAAUAGAAAUAAUCUAAGAAAAAGAGGGUAUCCAGCUUCAUCCCCCACAUGGCGGUGGGCAGCCCUGAGUCUGCUAACUCUUUGUCUGUUGCUGCUGUUGGGGCUGGUGACCUUGGGGAUUAUGUUUUUGCAGACCUCUAAUGAAAUUAACUCAGAUUCAGAGAAAUUGAGUCAACUUCAGGAAACUAUCCACCAACGGCAGGAUAAUUUAUCCCAGCAGCUGGGCAACUACAGAAACUUUUCCAUGGAGGAGGAAUUUCUCAAAUCACAGAUCUCCAGCCUAUUGGAGAAGCAGGAACAAAUGGCUAUCAAACUUUGUCAAGAGCUGGUCAUUCGCACUUCAGACCACAAAUGUAAUCCUUGUCCUAAGAUGUGGCAGUGGCACCGAAACAGUUGCUAUUAUUUUGCAACAAAUGAAGAGAAAACCUGGGCUAACAGUAGAAAACACUGCAUGGACAAGAACUCCACCUUGGUGAAGAUAGACAGCUCAGAAGAAAAGGAUUUUCUGAAAAUGCAACCCUUACCUAAGUUUCCUUUCUUCUGGUUGGGAUUAUCGUGGGAUCCAUCUGGCAGAAGUUGGCUUUGGGAGGAUGGCUCUGACCCCUCUCCAUCCUUAUUUAGUACUAAGGAAUAUGCCCAAAUCAAUGGAUCCAAAGGAUGUGCCUAUUUUCAAAAUGGAAAUAUUUAUACUUCCCGCUGCAGUGCUGAAAUUUCUUGGAUUUGUGAGAAGACAGCAGCAUUAGUGAAGAUUGAAGAUUUGGAUUAAUAAACUUUGUCCAAAUUCAGCAAAAAGUAAGACACUUGUGAUUAAGUUCAUGUGAGGAGGGAGACAGCAUCCUACAAGAACCAAAACAGAUUAAGAAGCGACUGUGUAUUGAAACUAUCAGGCAAAUAAACUUGCUUCACAGAACAUUCUCCACCUCAUUGUCCGGUGCUUUCUGACCUGAUGUUCUGAGUAUUGCUGAAGACCUAGGGGAACAGCUGUUCUAGGUCCCUAUCAUUCUGUCUCUGAAUUAUUUUAUUGACC